AUGGACAGUCUUCCAGCCGGCGUCGAUCUCUCCAAGGUACCUAUCGCGCCCAACCCUAACGGCGAACCACCAAAUUUCAUCGAUCCGUCCUCUCUCCUGACAGCCGUGGAGGGAGUUGGCAUAUCGCUCAUUGUCGUGAGCGUGUCUGUGCGCCUGUUCGCUAACUGGCGGCAUACGGGGAGGCUUAGAAUCGAUGACUACCUCUGCUUGCUCGGCGAGGUUAUUGGCAUUACAAACUGGGCCUUGAACUACAGUCUCGCCCGCGAUUGUGCCGCCAAGCACACAUGGGACGUCCCUGUCUCUCUUAUAGCCUCGCAAUCGACCCUCGAACGAAUAGGCCCCACUCAGGUGCUUGGUGGUCUCGCCUUGUGGGCUGUCAGAACAGCGAUCCUAGUGCUCUUCAUCCGCAUCUUCCACAGCAUCCGCUGGAUGCGGAUUACCUCGUAUUGCCUCAUCGUUAUCACUGCGCUAUUCUACGCCUCCAGCCUCAUUGUGAUCGUUGUCUCCUGCGUCCGUCGAAAAGACCAAGCUUCGCAAAUCAUCCCGCCAAUGGAGACGCUCGUUAUUGCCGCGUAUGGCGUCCUCAUCGAUAUCACCAUCUUCGUUCUGCCGCUACCGAGUAUCAGCAGCCUUCGACUAGAUGCGCGCAAGAAGAUUGGGAUCGUAGUCGUCUUUCUAGUGGCUUUUCUGACCGUCAUCACCAGCGUAGCAUCGUUCGCCUUCAGAGUCAAGCUUUAUCUGGGCAACGAUCUCGUGUGGAACGGCUUCAAUAUAGUCAUUACGGGCUUCGCAGAAGUCUUCGGCGCCGUCAUCGUUAGCUGCGCCCCCGCUUUAUCCUCGUUCUGGAAUCAUUUCUUUACGCAGACGAAAUUCUAUGCCGCGCUGCGCUGCGGCUUCUCGCGCCGGAAGCGCAUCGGAGCGAGUGAGAGCGGGAAGCCGAAUGCCGGGGCCAGGAGAGCGAUGUUUCAACGGACAUUCCGUAUUGUUAAUGAGGAGUCGUGCGGUGCGUCUGGAGCGAAAGAUGUCGAUACCCUCGGGGACUCCGAUGAGGGGUGUUGUUAUCCGGUCGACGGGGAUUGA